CAUUAUCACCAACUCACCCCGCAAUCCACCAUCACCAAAUCUCUCUGCCCCUCUCCAGCUCUUCUUCAAAAGCGCCGUCGUUAGCAAUGGAGGCCUCAGGCGCUGCAGCGAAGGGGAAGAAGGGCGCGGCCGGGCGCAAGGCCGGCGGCCCCAGGAAGAAGUCGGUGACGCGAUCCGUCAAGGCCGGGCUCCAGUUCCCCGUCGGCCGCAUCGGGCGCUACCUCAAGAAGGGCCGCUACGCCCAGCGCGUCGGCACCGGCGCCCCCGUCUACCUCGCCGCCGUCCUCGAGUACCUCGCCGCCGAGCUGCUGGAGCUCGCCGGGAACGCCGCCAAGGACAACAAGAAGAGCCGCAUCAUCCCGCGCCACCUGCUGCUCGCCGUCAGGAACGACGAGGAGCUCGGAAAGCUGCUGGCCGGCGUCACCAUCGCGCACGGCGGCGUGAUCCCGAAGAUCAACCCGGUGCUCCUCCCCAAGAGGACCGCGGAGAAGGAGGGCAAGGAGCCCAAGUCUCCCAAGAAGGCGACCAAGUCCCCCAAGAAGGCAACCAAGGCUUAGAAACACGCACAGGUUGCUGUAGGCUGUUUAAUGCUUUGUAACAGUGGUCGUUGUUCGGCUAAUGGUGCCGAUGUAAUCUUCGUUGCUAAGAGAAAUGUCAGAAAUCUCUCUGAUUUGCCUAAA